AUGUUUUCCAUCGAAACUCGUACGAAACGCAAACGAACCAUAAAUACCAAGAAACGCAUAGGUUUUUUGGACUACUUUUUGGCAUUUGGCAAAGACUUACUUUAUGGUAAAGAACUGCAAGCCUGGUUACCAUCUCGACCUUUCGCUGUUGACAUGGCCGGAUUUGCAGUGAAUUUGAAUGAAGUACUAAAAAAGGAUAUCGAACCGUUCGGAUAUCCGAAUCAGGGAGAGGAUGUGGAAGUUCUCGUAUGGCAUACAAAAACAGUUCCAGUGAAAUCGGAUCGGUCAAAAUAUCCGCACCUUCCAUUCAUUUUUGAGUAA